AGUCGGAGGUGUGCCAAAUGGGAGCCGGAGGUCUUAUAAACAGGCCGUACUAUCCAGAUUCAGGCCCUUUUUGAAAUGCGGGAUUUUUUCCCGAUUCCUACAAGUAAAUUGAUUCCUAUAAAAUUCCUGCGUUCAAACGGCCUCCGAAACAAAAACGGAUAGUCGAAACAACCAGCCUCCCCUGACCGACCUCUCCAAAUUCUACUUAGGGCUUGCCGUCCCUCCUUGCCACGGCCGGUCGGCCUGCUUUUCACCUUCGCACCGCGCCGGCCGGCCGGUCGGUCGCCAAGAUCGGCGAGCGAGGGCUGUACUCACUCAAGAUGUCGUCACCUCCGGCGCCGGGGGCCAGCACACGGAAGCGCCGCCGCACCUCGGACCCCGGACCUCGCUGGGCGUCGCUGCCUGAAGAUCUGGUUGGCGUGGUGGCGUCGCGCUUGCUGGCCGGCGACCUGCUGGACUACGUCCGCUUCCGAGCCGUCUGCACCAGCUGGCGGUCCGGCACCGCCUCCCCGCGCGGCCGCGGCGUCGCCGACCCGCGCUUCCACCCGCGCCGCUGGAUGAUGCUUCCCGAGGGCCACUGCCUCUACCCCGGCCACCCCGACCUGCGCGGGUACGUUCGCUUCCUCAACCUCGACACGGGGACCUUGGUCCGCGUCCGGAUCCCGCUCCUCGGGGACCACUGCGCCAUCGACUCGGUCGACGGCCUCCUCCUGCUGCUGCGGGACCCGGACCAGGAAGGCGCCGUUCGCCUCCUCCACCCUUUCACCGGCGACAUCGCCGAGCUCCCACCCCUAGGGACCCUCCUCCCGCAGCUGGGCUCACGGCUGCUCAGCUGUCCUGCACCAUACAGGAUCAGAAGCCUUGCAAGUGUGGUCUGUGCUUCUGUUUCCUGCAACGCUGGCUCUAUGACCAUCAUGCUUGCACUUCAUGAGGUAAACCGUGUAGCCUUUGCUACCUCCCUGGACCGGCAAUGGACUCUGUCAAGCUGGGAAUGCCCAAUACACUAUCCACCAUUGUCAUUCCAAGGAAAGCUAUACAUGGUGCAUACUCCCAGAUUAUGUGGCAAAAAGAUACACCAGGUUCUCCAGAUUGACCCACCUGUGCAGGAUGGGGCGGGCGCAGGUCUUUCACUCCGACAGCCAAAGUUGAUCGCCACAAUCCCCGCACACAAACUCGUCGAUCCUGCCGGUCUGGUAGAAUAUGGUUCAGAGAUCCUCGUGCUUGGCCACAAUGAUUUGUCUGCGGUGCAAAUUUUAGUUUGCAAACUCGCGGACCUUGUGCUGCAAAGGUUUAUCCCAAUAAAAAGCAUCGGAGGCAAUACCUUGUUCCUUGAAGAAAGGAACAUAAGUGUCUCCUCUAAGGUACUGACUACAGUCAAGGGUGACAAUGUUGUUUACAUUCAUUCAGGACCACCCUAUCUUGCGCAAUACCACCUCAGUACUGGCAGCUUGUCACCGGCAAUUGAUAAUUAUUGCAGACUGUAUGGCCGUGCACCGGGACCUAGUAGCCUCGUCCACUGUAUCUUCAGCUGCUGCAUUCGUAAUCGGUGGAGCAGAGGACUAAUAUUCAGAAGGAAUGCACAAAGUUGGUCUGUGCAAGAUGAAGAGCAAGUUCAAUAAUGAGGCUAGUCCUUCAUCCCUUGUUUUCUGUACCAAUACGUGGUGCACCAGUCUUGGGCUAGAAUUUGCCAAUACCCUCUUUUUUGAAUCCUAUAUGCCAGUUCUUCUGCUACUCACAAGCCCUUGUUUUGUACACUAAUCCAAUUCACGCAACCAAUUAACUGUUUCCUUCCCUUUUCUUUUCAGUCACACUAUGUUACUUUCAGCUCGUAUUAGUUAAAAUUUACUUGUCAUUUA